CCACACAAGGAAGGAGAAGGCGUCAGGGAACUUCCUGCUUGCCAGUUGACUGUGAAAAGGCCGGAUAUUGAGCUUUAACGGCAGCGCUCUUUGAUUUCUGCUCGUCGCCACUUUUCUUUGCCGAGAUGUCGAAGAACAAUAUGUCCGCCCGCUUCAGGCGAGUGGACGUGGAUGAGUACGACGAGAACAAAUUUGUAGACGAGGAGGACGGAGGAGAGAACCAGCAGGGUCCCGACGAGGCGGAGGUGGACUCCCUCAUCAGACAAGGAGACAACAUGGCCGCUCUGCACGCCGUCCUCAAGAACCCACCAAUCAACACAAAGAAUCAGAAUGUCAAGGACCGUGCAGAGGGCUUGGUGCUGAAGGUGCUGAGCGCUUUUAAGAGCAGCGACAUCGAGAAAGGCGUACAGUCUCUGGACAAGAAUGGCGUGGACCUGCUGAUGAAAUACAUCUACAAAGGCUUCGAGAGGCCGUCAGAAAACAGCAGCGCUGUACUUUUGCAGUGGCAUGAAAAGGCGCUGGCAGCUGGGGGAGUGGGCAGCAUCGUACGAGUUCUGACGGCGAGGAAGACGGUCUAGAGGAGGAGCAACAAACACAGUCCACUCCACACGCUGGGACAGACACACACGACGUAACAGAUGGCAUAAAUGGACUAAAACGAAAAGCAGACCACGAACCCGAUAAGAUCGCUUCACAUCUUAUCUGGGUCACAUUAGGUUCAAAGAGUUUCAUCCUCGUGUUUGAUCUCUGCCCGAUCAAAAUCAUGUCCAUCACUAAGUGCAAACACAUCCAGGCAACAUCCACUAAGUGCUCCUAGACUCAGUACUUAAACGCCCGCUGAAGUGGAGGAGGCAGCUCACCACCUCUCUGCAGCCACACAACCCCCCCUCCUGGUACUGUUUAUAGAAGCGCUUUAACGAUGACUCACCGCUGCGGUUCCGCUUUCAUUUGAAACAGAAUUCAAUUUUUGUCAUAACUAAAUCCCUACUUUGGUCCAAAUUUAAAACCUCUUAUGGUACAAAUCAGCAUUCCUGCAUAAUAGGUGAGAAUAUUUGUCUUAUAUAUUGGCCUGUGUUUUUUGCAGUCAAUUAAAAAAAAUAGUUUAAAAUUGGGGAUAUUUACUCCAAUUCGUCUUUAUUGUGUUGUGUAUUUAAGUUGAAACAUGCAUCACACAAGCAGUCUGCCUUAUGAGGUAGAUGUCAUUCGUUGCCAAAUAAAACAAUUUGAUUUCACGUCAGUUCAUGUAUUGGACUUCUUAGAUUUAUCAACAAUAGAAAAGUGUAAUAGCUGCAAAGUGUUAUUUCUCUGCUCACUAAUGUGUGAAGUUCAUUCAUUGUUCCACCAAAGCUUCACUACGGUUCACUCUUAGUUUUUUAUCCCACUCAGAAAAAUGGACUCCGAACGGUUAAUUUCAACAUUAAACAUGUUUUCAUAAUGCAGUAACUGCUAUGUGAGUUACAUGACACAAAUGAGUCUUGUUUCAUGUAUUUCAAACCGCAGGGCAAAGGAGUCAAGGCAACAUACCAAACUGAUGUACAAAACUGCCUUAUAAAAUAUUCCUUUUUUAUGUUUGUGCUCUUUUUUUGUUGACAAAAAUAAAAUGGUAUGAAUGUUGGUUGAAAUGGUGAAUUUUUCUUCUCAUACUAUUAAAAGUUGAACUUAA